UUAAUUCUCUUAUGCAUUAUGCAUUUUAUAUUGUAGAAGCUGUGCGGGAGCUCUAAAAUUUAAAGGUCAAACGAUGCACGUGUUAAUGUGCAUGUUUAAUAUUUAUGUCAGAAUGAUUAAAUUAUAGGUUUCAUUAUGAUUGCGAGAUGUACUUGCCAUAACACGAAGCUCUUUACGGAUGUUUUGUCAGGAGGAUCACAUCGGCAAUUAUCGAAUCUUGCAUUCGUUCCGAAAUGUAACCCAGUGUCAACAGAGGAUGUGACAAGAUUAAAAGAAUUUGUUAAUAAACGUCAUCAUCUAUGCGUGUUGACUGGAGCAGGAAUAUCCACGGAAAGUGGUAUUCCUGAUUACAGAUCAGCUGAGGUUGGACUGUAUGCCCGAAGCAAUCGCAAACCAAUUCUGUAUAAAGAGUUUUGUGAUAGUGAAGCAGCCAGAAGACGAUAUUGGGCCAGAAAUUACAUUGGAUGGCCAAGGUUUUCCUCUCUUAAACCAAAUAUUACACAUGAGAUACUAAAACACUUGGAAGAUAUUGGAAAGGUGGGAUGUAUUGUCACGCAGAAUGUAGAUAAUUUACAUUUCAAGGCAGGAAAUAAGAAGGUGAUUGAGCUGCAUGGUACAGCAUUCAGAGUAAUGUGUCUUAAUUGUGAUCACAAAAUAUGCCGACAUGAACUUCAAAGAGUGUUUCAAACUCUUAAUCCAUCCACAAUCGCAACUGCUCAAAUGAUAAGACCUGAUGGUGAUGUAGAAUUGUCACAGGAACAGAUAGAAGGCUUCAAAGUUCCUGCUUGCGACAAUUGCGGUGGCAUUUUGAAACCGGAUAUUGUAUUUUUUGGAGACAACGUGCCACACGAUAAAGUACAAAAUGUGAAAGCUAAUGUGGAAAGUUUAGAUGCUUUGCUAAUUUUGGGAACAACACUUAGUACAUUCUCCGCAUACAGGAUUGUACUGCAAGCGUUUGAUGCUAAGAAGCCAAUAGCAAUGGUAAAUAUCGGUGAAACUAGAGGCGAUAAACUUAUCAAUUUGAGAAUAAAAGGGAGAUGUGGAGAUGUUCUACCAAAAAUUUGGCAGUUAAAUGCUUCAAAGGAUUUUCUAAGAUAAUGACAAAUGUGAAUAGCUUUCAAAUUGUUAAAUAUUAUUUGAGAUAUUUGUACAUAUUAUAGUAUAUUGUUAUUUAAUUUUAAAUUUAUUAUAGCUGUUGAAUUAAAAAAAAUAAAUAAACAAUUGAACGAA